AUGUUCGAGCGCCGUGAGCUUAAUUCCAGUGAUACGUCCACCGGUUCAGAUGCCUCUUCUAUCGCUCGCAAGGCCAGGAUCGCGGAAAUAUAUUUGAAUACCACACAGCUUGAGCAACUCCCGGACGCAGUUAUUCUUGAGCGGUCCCUGAGUCUAAGAUCUAUCAUCUCUACAACCUCAUCUUUCAGCCAGCUUUCCCAGACCGCGCGGAAUCGACCACACCUGCAGCAGAUAAAUCAGAUUGGAGUUGGCUUACAAGGUGUUGUUUUUGAACGGGUUGGAAAAGAGCCAGUCCUGAAGAAGGAAAAACCAGGAAAUGAAACUCUCUCGUCAAACUUGAGGAAGGAGUAUACAAUCCACUGUCAGGUUUCGGCGGCAUUCGACUACUACCAAGUUAUCACGAACUCCGAAACCUUAGUACCCAAGGCAUUGCGCUUCAUUCCCAAGACAGGCGAUGAGUUGUUCUGGGAGGAGUUGUUGCCAACGCUCCCACGGGAGUACCGCACUCGAGAUAACUCUAUGCUCUUGCAGCGUAUUCUGCCUCUACCGAAAGUUGUUCGCCGCGCGCUGAUUAACGAGUUUAUCACUGCAGAUAUUUCGCAAGCAUCGGCCUUGCUCGCAGAUCCGAGAAACAAGCACUGCCUAGCCAGAGUGUACCUUGAAAAAGAAAACGGUACUCUGAGCCACGAAUCUCCCCUGAGAAACUUUCCUAUGUACCUCGACAACAUGAAGCAAAUCGUUAUCGACACUAUCAAGCUUGCCAGCGCUCUUGGUAAAGCAUAUGCCACAUUGCACUGGGGUGCUGAAGUCAACGGAGAUGAUAUUGAGUUUGUUUUUGGGACCACAGCUGAGCAACGACCGAGCGGAAACCCACCAGACUUUCAGCACCGAGCAGUUUGUCUUUUCCUGCUUGACUUCGGUCAGUGUGACAUCGUCGACCUAAGUCAGGAAAGUGAGACUGUCUAUCAGGGUUUCAAAGGAGCGAUGGUCACCGGUGAUAACCAGAAUUUCAACCCACACGCGAACCAACCCGAGUUGUUUGCUGCCUUUAAAGAGGGAUAUUCUGCAGCUGGAACAAUUAUUCUCGCCGACAAGCGCCUUGACUCGAAAUUCGACAUGAAGGAGUUUAUACAGCAAUACGAAGAGUACGCCGAGGAUUUUCUUUCUUAG